AUGGGUAAGCGCGAUAGGAAGUUCAAUAAGGGCGGUCGUGGUGGUGGACGCGGCGGCCAACGCUCCGAGCGCGGAAACUGGGAGGACAUCCCCAAGGAGAACGAGCGGUUCGAGAAGUACUACAAUGAGCAGGGCAUCAUUCCCGAGGAGGAGCGCGAGGUCUUCUGGGAGGCUAUGCGGCGGGGUCUCCCCAACAGCUUCCGCUUCACGGGUUCAAAAGGCCAUGCGCUUUUCGUGCAGGAACGUCUGAAGAACUACUACAUCCCCGAGAUCACCGCCGUUCAGUAUGAGGGCGCCAAUGUCGAGCCGCCGCGCCCCGUCGACUGGUACCCCGACCGUCUUGCGUGGUCCAUGACGACCCCCAAGCAGGUGAUCCGUCGCUUUGCGCCGUUCGCGUCGUUCCAGAAGUUCCUUGUCGCCGAGACGGAUGUUGGAAAUAUCAGCAGGCAGGAGGUUGUCAGUAUGAUUCCGCCGCUUCUGAUGGACUUGCGCCCGGGCAUGACGGUCCUGGACAUGUGCGCUGCGCCCGGAAGCAAGUCCGCGCAGCUGAUGGAGAUGGUUCACGCCGGCGAGGAGGAGGCGAUGCUUCAGGUUGCCAAGCAGGCGAAGGAGGGGACUGUUGGCCCCGAGCCCGCUGGGCCCGAGGGUCUGAACGAUGAUGGACGAACGACUGGCUUGCUUAUCGCCAACGACAGCGACCACAAGCGUGCGCACAUGUUGAUCCACCAGAUGAAGCGUCUUAGCUCGCCUAACCUUAUCGUUACGAACCACGAUGCCACCAUGUACCCCUCCAUCAAACUGCCGUCGAAGCCAAGCGAGGAUGGCAAGCCCACCCCUAACAGAUACCUCAAGUUCGACCGUAUCCUCGCGGACGUGCCUUGCACUGGUGACGGUACGGCCAGAAAGAACUACGGUGUCUGGAGGGACUGGACUCCUCAGAACGCCGCCGGACUGUACGCUACUCAGGUCCGGAUCCUUAUCCGCGCACUGCAGAUGCUGAAGGUUGGCGGUCGUGUGGUGUACUCCACAUGCAGUUUGAACCCGAUCGAGAACGAGGCCGUUGUUGCGACUGCGAUUGAGCGUUGCGGUGGUCUGGAGAAGGUCAAGAUUGUCGACUGCAGCAAGGAACUGCCUGGGUUGAAGCGUGUCGAUGGAUUAAAGUCUUGGAGGGUCAUGGACCGGGAGAACCGUUGGUGGAACAACUGGAAGGAGGUCGAGGAGCAGAGGGCCCAGUCGGGCAUUGCAGGUCUCGGCCGCCUCGCCGAGGGCAUGUUCCCCCCUACUAGUGACCUGCCCCUCGAAAGGUGUAUGCGCGUCUACCCUCAUCUGCAGGACACUGGCGGUUUCUUCAUCACGGUUCUGGAGAAGCAGUCUGAGAUCAAGGCCAAGCCUGAGGAUUCGUCUAAGGUGAUCCCCAAGGGCACUGUGGCUGCUCUUGCGGAGGAGCUUGACUCGAAGAAGAGCGGUUCUGGCGAGCCGCUGGAGAAGAUCGAUGCGCUGGACGACCUGGUGCCCCAUGACGAGCAGGCCGAGUUGGAGAAGGCGAAGAACGCUUCCGUCGCCGAGGCCACUCACCAGCCUCCCUACUCUGCCACUAGCCAAACCUCAGCGAAGAGGGAUGCGGACACUGUCGAAGACGAACUCCCCGUUAAGCGCACCAAGCUCGACAGCGGAGCCGAAGUUGUGAUCGGAGACCGUCCAGUCCACCAACCUCCCCCUGCCCAGGAACCCGAUGUCCCGACAUCCGAUGCCACUCCCACUCCCGCACCUACAGAUACCCCCCAGGCGUCAGCCCCCGAAGCUCAGGCGAAGCCCGUAAAGCGGAAACCGGGCCAGCCCAUCGAGGAGCCCUUCAGAUACCUGGACCCCAACCACGAAGAGCUCCAGCCGAUCUUCGACUUCUUCCAGAUCUCAGACCGCUUCCCCCGCGACCGGUUCAUGGUCCGCAACGCCGAGGCGACUCUGUCAAGAACCGUCUACUACACCAGCGCUCUCGCCCGCGAUAUCCUCGUCGCCAACCAGGGCCAAGGUCUCAAGUUCGUCCACUGCGGUGUGAAGAUGUUCGUCAAGCAGGACGCCCAGCGUCUCGAUGUCUGCCGCUGGCGUAUCCAGACUGACGGUCUGCGCAUUGUCGAGCCAUGGCUGGGCCCUGCUCGCGCCGUUACCCUGACUGAGAAGGAGACCUUCCGCAAGCUCCUCGUGGAGAUGUUCCCCAAGGUCGACGGUGGCGGCUGGCAGAACCUCGGCGAGAUUGGCGAGCGCGUGAGGGAUAUCCCCAUGGGAUGCAGCAUCAUCUACAUCCAGCCCGAAGGAGAGGACAAGUUCAGCGAACGAAUGGUCCUCCCGCUCUGGCGCUCUCUGCACUCCGUCAACCUCAUGCUUCCCAAGGAAGACCGCCGCGCACUGCUCCUCCGUAUCUUCAACGACUCCACCCCCGUCCUCAACACGACGAUGAAGCGCGACCAGCAGGCCGCAGCACAGCCUUCUGCUGUGGAAGCCCUCGCUACGGAAGAGGAGGCCAUCAAGGAGGAGAACCUUAUCCUCGGCCAGGACGAGCAGGAGCAGAUGGAUACGCGGGAGACGUACACCAAGGCGAACGAGGAAGAGGACCGAAGCAACACAACUGUAUAA